AUGGACGCGGUCAAAGACUCCCUAACCCAGGGCUACAACACCACCAAACGCGCCCUUUCCACCGCCCCUCCAAAUGAUGCCUAUCUUCACUGGGAUGCCCCAGGCGUGGAGGAGAUCAAGCCGGACGAGGAGGCCAAAGCCCAGCAGAUUGCAGACACCAUGAAUAAGAUGCAGAAGCACAAUUUCGACAAGCACCGUCACGCCUUCCGCGCAACUCACGUCAAAACCCAAGGCCUAGUCAAAGGUACCCUGACCGUCCCCUCCGGCCUCCCUCCUCACCUCUCCCAAGGACUCUUCGCGCACCCCGGCACCUACCCCAUCGCCUCCCGCUACGCCAACGAGCCCGUCUUCCUCCAAUCCGACACCGAACCCGGCCCCCGCGGCAUGGCUAUGAAGAUCUUCAACAUCCACGGCGAAAGACUCGAAACCCCCGGCAAUAAGAGUCUCUCAACGCAAGACUUCUUCUUCAACAAUGCCCCCAUGAUCGAACUGACUGACAUAGACACGUGUCUCGAAAUCAUGCAGUUGCGGGAGAGAUACUUCGACAGUCCGAAUGGGUUGGCGAUGGCGCUGAAGUUGAGGACGGAUAUCAUCAAGCAGCACGCGCCGGGGAUGCUGCCGAAUACGAACAUGAUAAGCCAUUCGAUGUAUACGCAGUCGGCGUUCAGGUUCGGGGAGUACUACGGGCACAUGGCGAUGUUCCCUGUGCUGCCCGAGAUGAAGGAGAAGGGUGGGGCGGCUGUGUCGAGCUCCGGGUCUUACACGCAGAUUUCGGAUUGGCUGUUUGAUUACUUCAGGGGUGCGCCGGCGAAGUAUGAAGUCAAGAUCCAGCUGGGCACCUCGCCUGCGCAUCACCCGACCGAGGAUGCGAGCAUCGUAUGGGACGAAGUGACAGCCCCGUACCAGACGAUCGGGACCGUGGAGUUUCCGGUCCAGGACAGUUUCAGUCAGGAGCGGAGGGUGUUCUGGGAAGACCACAUGGUGCUGGAUCCAUGGAGGGCAUUAGCGGCCCACAGACCGUUGGGGAGUAUCAACCGGCUCCGCAAGGUGGUGUAUGGGAGGAGUCAGAAGAAGAGGGAUGAGUUGAAUGCGAAGAAGUCGUCGAAUAUCCAGAGUAUAGACGAGAUGCCUUGA